AUGUCGACAUUCACCGUUCUUACUUUGCUGUACAUUUGUCUUGCUGGUGUCGGAGUGUUUCUCGACUACAUAUUCGCCAAGAAGAACCCACAAUAUCCCCCUGGUCCUCGGGGCCUGCCUCUAGUUGGGAACAUUCAAGACAUACCUUUUGUCAAGCCCUGGCUCACCUUCGCUGAAUGGGGCAAGAAGUAUGGUGAUAUUUCGCAUGCCAGUGUUCUAGGUAUGCACAUCUUCGUGCUGAACUCCGCCAAAACUGCGGUGGAAAUGCUGGACAAGAAGAGUUCUAUAUACUCUGACCGUCCAGUUGUUCCUAUGAGUGGCGAACUUAUGGGCUAUGGGCAAACUUUGCCUUAUCUCCGUUACGGUGAACGCUUUCGCUCGUUCCGCAAGAAUUUCCAUCGCGCCCUUGGUAGUCGCGCUGCUUUGGUUGUCUACCACCCCAUAGAGGAGAUGGAGACCCACAGAUUCCUGAAGCGUGUACUAGCGAAACCUGACCAACUGCAAGCACACAUUCGACACACCGCUGGCGCUAUCAUUCUGCGCAUCUGUUAUGGUUAUGAAGUCAAGGAGAAUAAGGAUCCUCUCGUUGACAUUGCAGAACGUACUUUAGACGAAUUCUCGCGGCAUGCUUACAUCGGUGAAUUUAUGGUCGACUUCCUGCCAUCCUUGGCAAAGGUCCCAGAGUGGUUCCCUGGUGCUGGCUUCAAACGCAUAGCCCGUGAGUGCCGAGUGACCGUCGAAGAGAUGGCUGCUAUACCUUACAAGUUUGUCAAAGAUCAGAUGGUUGCUGGCAUUGCCCCCAAGUCUUUUUCCUCAGAUCUGCUAAAGAACCGUACUUUGACUGCGGAAGAGGAUCACAUUGUGAAGUGGUCUGCUGUAUCACUAUUCAGCGCUGGUGCCGACACGACUGUUUCUGCGAUCUACUCAUUUUUCCUGGCUAUGACACUUUUCCCUGAUGUGCAGAAGAAGGCUCAGGCUGAAAUUGAUGCUGUUGUUGGCCCUGACCGUCUUCCCUCCUUCGCCGAUCGCACCUCCCUCCCCUACAUCGAGGCGCUUGUUAAGGAGGUCCUCCGCUGGAAUGUUGUCAUACCUACUGUUGAUCACAGCGUAACUGAGGAUGACAUCCACGAUGGGUAUCACAUUCCAAAAGGCUCCGUGAUAAUCCCUAACAUAUGGUUCAUGCUCAAUGAUCCGCAGACAUACGUCAACCCCUCGGAAUUCAAUCAUGAGCGCUUUUUGGCCAAGGACGGAGAAGAGCCUGAGACCGAUCCUCGCACAUUGUGCUUCGGUUUUGGUAGACGGCUCUGCCCAGGUCUGCAUCUCGCUGAUGCAUCCAUCUGGUUAACUGCCGCAAUGUCACUUGCAGUGUUCGACGUUUCCAAGGUUGUCGAGAAUGGCGUUGAAAUCACCCCUGAAAUUGACCCCUCAUCCGGGUUGAUCAGCCACCCAAAGCCUUUCAAGUGCUCGAUCGAGGCUCGCUCUGAAAGAGCCUCUACACUUAUAAUUCAACAAGAUACUUAA